UUUUCUCUUCCGAUCCCGCACGUAUCACCGUCAUCACAGCUUGCAUUCCCUCGUCUUCUUUGAACGCUCUAUAACUCUCCCUUGAGUAUACACGUCGCUUGUCAUUCCCCGCAAAUGGCUUCGCAAACUCCGACGAACCAGCGACCCAAGGUUCAACCUUGCCGUUACAAGACAGGAAAGACACUGGGAGCUGGCUCCUACUCUGUCGUCAAGGAAUGUGUGCACAUCGAUACAGGCCGGUACUAUGCCGCAAAGGUCAUCAAUAAACGAUUGAUGGCAGGGCGUGAACACAUGGUUCGAAAUGAGAUUGCGGUGCUCAAGAGAGUGUCGAUGGGACACCAAAACAUCCUGACUUUGGUCGAUUACUUUGAGACUAUGAAUAACCUUUACUUGGUUACUGAUCUCGCUCUUGGUGGAGAGCUGUUUGAUCGCAUUUGCCGUAAAGGUAGCUACUACGAGUCCGAUGCUGCGGACCUCAUUCGUGCCGUUCUAUCUGCGGUCGCCUAUCUCCAUGAUCACGGAAUCGUACACCGCGAUCUAAAACCCGAGAACCUGUUGUUCCGUACCCCAGAGGACAAUGCGGAUUUGUUGAUUGCGGACUUUGGCUUGUCGAGAAUUAUGGAUGAGGAACAAUUUCACGUUCUCACAACGACAUGUGGUACGCCGGGAUAUAUGGCACCUGAGAUUUUCAAGAAAAGUGGCCAUGGAAAACCAGUAGAUAUCUGGGCCAUCGGCGUCAUCACUUACUUUUUGCUAUGCGGUUACACACCCUUUGAUCGCGACUCCAACCUGGAAGAGAUGCAGGCCAUCCUUGCAGCUGACUAUUCCUUUACACCUCUUGAGUACUGGCGUGGUGUCUCACAAUCAGCUCGGGAUUUCAUCAAUCGUUGCUUGACUAUCGAACCCUCGAAGCGAAUGACAGCCCACGAGGCACUUCAGCAUGUCUGGGUUAACCCGCCAUACGACCCUGUCACUGAAAACGGUCAAGACCUACUCCCGACCGUCAAGAAGAACUUCAAUGCCCGACGAACACUACACAAAGCUAUCGAUACUGUCCGGGCAAUCAACAAACUCCGCGAGGGUGGCGGGCUAAUGAUGGAUGGUGUGAUGAGUGUCGACCCGAAGCCGGAACGUGUCAAUGGAAACGAUGUCAUCGAGGAGAAAAACCACGGAUACGAUGGACACAUGGAUAUUGACAGCCGUAGCAACGCUCGUGGGCAGACUGAGGAGCAGAUCCGAGCUCAGGAACGAAGAGUGAAAGAAAUGGUGGCUGGGCUAUGGAGUAAAUCCGUCAAGAAAUGAUGGGAUUCCACAAGCAUCUCCUUUUUCUUUUUUGGAGGCUGGCUUUCAUCUUUAUACCUUGGAAUGACGGUAGUGACUAGUGGGGGGGGGUAGUAGAUUCUUGAUAUUGGUAGAGAAUAAAUUCAAAUUUCCAUAAACGCCUUUGCCUCUCAUCAUGUCAUAUCUAGAUCCCGUCGAGACUGGGGCCUCUAUCCCUCCAGACCAAAGUAUAGCUGUCUCUGACAAGCUGUCUGUCAUCUUUAAAUCAUCUAGCCGAGUUAAACAGCAUUUCCUCUCCGUCUUCCAGAGACAGAACCCAUUUCCGCCAUUCCUGCCAUUCGGCGU